GCGAUCCGCUACGUUACCGAAUUUAUACAACAAACAGGCCUCCUUCAACAAUUCCGAUUCGCUCGACUGGACGAGGAGGACGACGAGGAGGCUCCAGAAAUUACCAACCUGCUAGAAGGACUCGAACUACGCGAGGAAGACGAUGGUUACAUGGAACUUUAA